AUGGAAAACACUUCAGCAGAGGAACUACUAGAUGGACUUCCGUCGACCCCUAUGAUAAUGAUAAUUCAGUUGAUAUUAUUAUUACACAGACUUAUUCAUGAACGUAUUCAUAUAUACAAUGUGCCAAUCUCAACAGCUGGCUUUGUCGGUGCUGACACUAAUCUGAGUCGUGUUGUUGAUUGUUCAACGGAUGGUGAAUAUUCUAUUGCGCCAAUUAAUAUUCUCACUGAGUGUGCAUCAGCUAGUUCAUCAUUGAAACGGAUGGCAAGUGAAAGAACGAAAAAUAAAACACUUUCUGCUGAUGCACACUUCUAUGCGGCUUAUAGAGGAAGUGCUUGGGCACCAUGA